AUGUCUGCCGAAGACGCCACUGGGCUUGAGGCAGCUCGCAAGCAGAAGAUCCACAACUUGAAGCUGAAGACCGCGUGCCUGGAGAAUGAGGAGCUGGUGCAGGAGCUGCACGUGUCCGACUGGUCGGAGACGCAGCGGCAGAAACUGCGCGGCGCGCACCUCAAGGCAGAGGAGCUGGUCGCUGCUGUUGACGUCGGGACGAAGUGGAACCUGACGGAGGCGUACGACUUGGCGAAGCUGAUGCGUGUGUGUGGUCUGGAGAUGAGCCAGCGCGAACUGUACCGUCCGGAGGACAAGGCGCAGUUCAUGGACAUCAUCGGCGUCAAGAAGGUGCUGCAGGACCUGAAGCAGAACCGCAACAAGACCCGUGUGGUGAGCUUCACUCAGAUGAUCGACAACGCCAUUGCGAAGAUGGAGAAGGUGGAGGAGGAGCUGCGCCGGUCGCAGCUGGACGCGACGCAGCUGGCGCAGGUCCCGACCCGCACGCUGAAGCAGAUCGAGGACAUCAUGAACGUGACGCAGAUCCAAAACGCGCUCGCGUCCACAGACGACCAGAUCAAGACACAGCUGGCACAGCUGGAGAAGACGAACGAGAUCCAGAACGUUGCGAUGCACGACGGCGAGAUGCAGGUGGCCGAAGAGCAAAUGUGGACGAAGGUGCAGCUGCAGGAGCGACUGAUUGACUUGAUCCAGGACAAGUUCCGGCUGAUCACCAAGUGCGAUGAAGAGAAUCAGGCGUUCAAGAAGAUCUACGAGGUGCAGAAGCAGGCCAACCAAGAGACAAGCCAAAUGAAGGACGCAAAGCGUCGCCUGAAGCAGCGGUGUGAGACAGACCUGAAGCACAUCCAUGACGCAAUCCAGAAGGCAGACCUCGAGGAUGCCGAGGCGACGAAGCGCCACGCGUCAAACAAGGAGAAGAGCGACCACUUCAUCCGUGAGAAUGAGGAGAAGCAGGAGGAAGCGUGGAACAAGAUCCAGGACCUGGAGCGACAGUUACAAAAGUUCGGAACGGAGCGCUUCGAAGAGGUGAAGCGCCGCAUUGAGGAGAUUGACCGCGAGGAGAAACGGCGUGUGGAGUACUCGCAGUUCCUCGAGGUCGCUUCGCAGCACAAGAAGCUUCUGGAGCUGACGGUGUACAACUGCGACCUGGCGAUCCGCUGCACUGGGCUGGUGGAGGAGAUGGUGUCAGAGGGCUGCGCCGCCGUGAAGGCGCGCCACGACAAGACAAGCCAGGACCUGGCUGCGCUGCGGCUGGAGGUGCACAAGGAGCACCUGGAGUACUUCCGCAUGCUGUACCUCACGCUGGGCUCAUUGAUAUACAAGAAGGAGAAGCGACUAGAGGAGAUCGACCGCAACAUCCGCACAACACACAUCCAGCUGGAGUUCUGCGUGGAGACGUUCGAUCCGAACGCGAAGAAGCAUGCAGACAUGAAGAAGGAGCUAUACAAGCUGCGACAGGGUGUGGAGGAGGAGCUGGCCAUGCUGAAGGAAAAGCAGGCAAAGGCACUGGAGGAGUUCAAGGAGUCGGAGGAGGCGCUGGAUGCUGCCGGUAUCGAGUUCAACCACCCGGUGGACGAGAACAACGAGGAAGUGCUAACGCGGCGCAGCAAGAUGGUGGAGUACCGCUCUCACCUGACGAAGCAGGAGGAGGUGAAGAUCGCUGCAGAGAGGGAGGAAAUCAAGCGGGCGCGGCUGCUGCGCACCGGCGGCGACGGCAGCGAACAGCCCCGCAUCAGCCACAACACUGCCCCCGCUCGCCUGGAGUGA